AUGUUUGGAUCUAUUGUUGAUGUUCUUGAUGCACUUGUUGUUGAUGCAUAUUAUACCGAUGAAAGAGCUAACGCAACAGGAUAUCUCGAAGCUUGUCAAACAUUUAAGAUUGCUUUUAUGUUGCAUUUGAUGAGAGAUAUCUUAGGAAUCACAGAUGAGCUCAAUAAAUCCUUGCAAAAGAAAGAACAAGAUAUUGCAAAUGCUAUGCUACUGGUUGUAGUAGCAAAGAGAAGGUUGCAAAUGCUAAGAGAUGAUGGAUGGGAUGCACUUAUUAAUAAGGUAUCCACAUUUUGUAUCAAGUAUAACAUUUUGUUACCUAAUUUUGAUGAGCCAUAUGUUAAUUCUGGAAGAUCAAGGCGUAAACCUUCCGAUUAUACGGUCUUAUAUCAUUAUCGUGUUGAAGUAUUUUGUAAGAUUAUUGAUUGGCAGCUUCAAGAACUCAAUGAUCGUUUCAAUGAGGUGACUACUGAUUUGCUUCAUGGAGUUGCUUGUUUGAAUCCAGUUGACUCAUUUUCUAGUUUUAACAUCAGAAAAAUAAUGAGAAUGGCUAAGUUAUAUCCUGAUGACUUUGAUGAGUUUAGUAUGAAUGCUCUUGAGAAUCAACUUGCCACUUACUUUAUUGAUGUUCGUGAUAUGGAUGAAAGGUUCUCCAAUCUUAAUGGACUUUGUGAUCUCUCAAUAAAAUUAGUUGAGACAAAGAAGAACCUAAACUUUCCUCUUGUAUUCUGCUUAGUGAAAUUUGCUUUGCUUUUACCAGUUGCCAUUGCAUCCGUUGAAAGAGCUUUUUCGGCAAUGAUACUAUUGUAA